AAAAAAUAUCUUGGGUUUUCAAGAAAAAGUAGAGACAUUUUAAAGAAUCAAGAGAUUUGGGGUUGAAGGAGGAUAGAUAUGGAGGAAACAAUGGCAGCUAGGUAUUGGUGUCACAUGUGUUCACAAAUGGUGAAUCCAAUAAUGGAAUCUGAGAUCAAAUGUCCCUUUUGUCAAAGCGGAUUCAUCGAAGAAAUGAGUGGUAAUAGCGGUGGAGGUGGAGGUAGAGGCAUAAGAGAUGUUCAAGAUUCAGAAACCGAUUUUGGAACAGACCGUGCAUUGUCUCUAUGGGCACCAAUCUUGCUUGGAAUGAUGAGUAGUCCUCGGAGACGAAGAAGGUUUAGAAGAUCAGAUUUUGGUGAAGAGAAUGAUGAUAAUGGUGAUGAAUUGAGUAAUGUUGAUGGGAAUGAUAGUAAUAAUAUUAAUAUGUAUCAUCAUCAUCGAGCUAGGCGGCAUGGUGGAGAGAUUGAUUUGGAUAGAGAGUUUGAAUCUAUCUUGAGGCGAAGACGAAGAAGCUCGGGGAAUAUAUUGCAGUUGCUUCAAGGUAUUCGUGCAGGGAUUGCUUCUGAGUAUGAAAGUUCUGAUAACAAUUGGGAUAAUUCUCGAGAGAGGGAUAGUAAUAACAAUAGAGUUAUAAUGAUCAAUCCGUAUAACCAAUCGCUCGUUGUUCAGGGGUCUUCGGAUCAAAAUCCGAAUCAUCCUUCAUUGACUUCACUUGGAGAUUACUUCAUUGGACCUGGUUUAGAUCUUUUGCUUCAGCAUUUGGCUGAGAAUGAUCCUAAUAGGCAAGGGACUCCUCCUGCUCGUAAAGAAGCGGUUGAAGCUUUACCAACUGUUAAGAUAAUGGAGCCUUUGCAAUGUUCGGUUUGUUUGGAUGAUUUUGAGAAAGGAACGGAAGCUAAAGAGAUGCCGUGUAAACAUAAGUUUCAUAUCCGCUGUAUUGUCCCGUGGCUUGAGCUUCAUAGUUCUUGUCCUGUGUGUCGAUUCGAGCUUCCUUCUAGUGCUGAUGAUGAUGAUGAGACAAAGAUUGAUUCCGAGAGACUGCCGAGAACAAGAAAUGUUCCGGAAACCAAUAACAGAAACAUUGUUGAGAAUGUGGGAAAUGUGGAGAGAGGAAGACAGGAUGAGGCGAGGAGCGGUAAUGGAAGACGGUUUUCGUUUCCAUGGCCAUUCAGUGGAUUAUUCUCGUCUUCGUCUUCGUCUUCUUCAUCCUCUGGAUCUCAGUCUGGUGAGAACAAUUUCUACUCAAGAUCUUCCGGUUCUUCUCGCUGAUUGAAGAAUAUCAGAGAACAAAAACAUCCAAAAACUAAAAAUCUUUUGUUGUUCUCUCAGUUUUCUCAUUUCCUAGCUCUUGAAUUUGUUAUUUCCUAUGCAUUUCAUUCUCUGCUUUUAUGUACAUACAAAUGAUGUUCUUUCACUCAGACUGUUGAAAAACAAAUAUCCAUUGUUGCU